AAUUAAUAAUAUAUUAGAUUUAGAAACAGUUAGUUGUUCUUAUAUAAAAUAUUAUAUAUUUAUCUUUAUAAUGGCAAGUACUAAUGAAUUUGGGCCGGAUUCUGGUGGUAGAGUCAAGGGUGUUACAAUAGUUAAACCUAUAGUUUAUGGAAAUAUUGCUCGUUACUUUGGGAAAAAAAGAGAAGAAGAUGGUCAUACACAUCAGUGGACUGUGUACGUAAAACCAUAUCAUAAUGAGGAUAUGUCAACAUAUGUUAAGAAAGUACAUUUUAAGUUACAUGAAAGUUACAAUAAUCCUAAUCGUAUUGUGACAAAACCCCCUUACGAAUUGACAGAAACAGGUUGGGGAGAAUUUGAAAUUGUUAUUAAAAUAUAUUUUCAUGAUCCAAAUGAACGACCUGUCACUAUAUAUCACAUAUUGAAAUUAUUUCAAUCUACUCCUGAGAUACAGCUUGGAAAGAAAAGUUUAGUAUCAGAAUUUUAUGAAGAAAUAGUUUUUCAAGAUCCUACAGCAUUAAUGCAGCAUUUAUUAAAUACUACUAGACCUAUUACAGUUGGAACUUGGCGACACAAUACAGAUUUUGAAGUUAAAAAGGAGUCAACAAUAAAAGCACUCAUAGAAGCUCGUACAAAAAUAAGAUUACAAGUAAUAGAACUGAAAGAAAAAUUGACAUUGGCUAAGGAAACCAUAUCUAAAUUUAAAGAAGAAAUAGCUAAGAUUUCCAAGGCAGGUGGAACUUUAUCAGUAACUUGAUAUUUUUACAUAUUACUAUUAUAAUUAUUGGUUAAGAAUAAAGUUAAGUUAUAGUUAAGAGUGAAACAUAUGUAAACAAAUAAAUAAAAAUAAA